GGUGGUUUACCUGAACAUGCCUAUUAGCCGUUGAAGGACUUGCCGCCGGCUGGCCUCCAGCUCGAUCUUAGGAACCGUGUUACUUCUUGUAUAUCGACGACUGCCAUUGAUCGAUCAGACUUCUCCGGACUUGCCUCCUUCCUUCUUCAGUCAACUCCUCCCUUCCCUCUCAUUGCUAAGCCAAGAAGGGCGUUCCGGCUCCCAGUAAACAAUCGACGCACGUCACUAACCACCGCCGUCUCUCCCCCUCCCCCUGCUGCCCUGUUCUUAUCUCCGCCUCCUCUCCGGGAGUUCGACCAUCGGAUCAUGCCAUCGUUUUCCAACGACGUCGCCGCCUACCCAACAGCCACCGUCACGGCUACACACCCUCGUUCAUUCGACCCACCCCCAGGCAAGCCACACGAGAAGAACUCGGUGGGGAAUACGUUUCUUUGGACGAACUGGCCCAAUGGCGACGCUCAUCAUCUCGACACCCCUCCGAACGAUCGCCAACUCAUGAACGGAAGCGCCUAUUCUCUGAAUGGCCCGCGAUCCAGCGCCAGCUCAUAUACCAGGGAUCUGCCCCAUUCGAAAGACGGUAGCAUGCAUUCGUUAGGAAAUGGUUCAGCCCGAGAUCCCAAGGAGGGUGGUCGACCCUCGGCGACCCUGGAGCGGAACCUCUCUGAUAAAUCACUGGACACAGUCACCGGGGCCGGCUCUCCGACGGCAUCGAUAGCAAGUCAACAGAUCAACGGAACACUAAACUCCCGAUCGCUCAAUGGAAAGCCCUUGGUCAACGGAGACUUCCACCGGCAAUCAACCGACGAGUUCCACGCUCCGGAUUCCGCAGGCAAUGCAUCGGCGACCCGAUUAUCUACCUCUCCACCCGACGACGCUGGCCGUCUAUCCCCCGACCCCGACCGAUUAUCUCCGUCACAGAAAAGCCCCCAUCGCUUUUCCUCCCCGCCUGCGCCGGAAAUUGGGACUACCCCGGAUCAAAGCAAUACCAGUCUGCGACAUCGACACACAUUACAAGUGCCACGCACGACGAGCGGGCGCCGUGGUAGUCGUGAUCAGUCAGAAGAUACCGCUUACAGCAGCGGUCGCUUGUCUCCCACGACUGGAACCCGACGACCAUCCUAUAGCCUGGCUCGACGGGCCACUCGAACCAAUCAGUCGGAGAGCUUACAGGACGAAGCAGCUCCCGACGAAGAUGCAGCCCGCUGGGCAGAAGCCAUUAAACAGAGGCGGGCUUCGAAGCGGAGACGUCGCGAUGAAGAUGAUGACGAACGUGUCAUCGUGGGAACAAAGGUCGACCAGAACCACGUGAACUACGUGACUGCGUAUAACAUGUUGACCGGAAUCCGGUUCACUGUCUCGAGGAUCAAUGCCAAAAUGGAUCGGGAGUUAACUCCCGCGGAUUUCGAGGCGAAACACAAGUUCUCAUUUGAUAUCACCGGUAACGAAUUGACCCCUUCUGCCAAGUACGACUUCAAGUUCAAGGAUUACGCACCCUGGGUUUUCCGUCACUUGCGAGCAAAGUUUCGACUCGAUCCAGCCGAUUAUCUGAUGUCGCUCACAAGCAAGUAUAUUCUGUCGGAAUUGGGAUCUCCAGGUAAAAGUGGAAGCUUCUUCUACUUCUCUCGAGACUACAAAUACAUUAUCAAGACCAUCCACCACUCGGAGCAUAAGCUACUCCGGAAAAUUCUUCCGGAAUACUACCGGCACGUCGAACAGAACCCAAACACCUUAAUCUCUCAGUUCUACGGUCUUCACCGUGUCAAGAUGGCUUACGGGCGCAAGAUCCACUUUGUCGUCAUGAACAACCUCUUCCCACCACACCGAGAUAUUCACCAGACCUUUGAUUUGAAGGGUUCCAUGAUAGGUCGUGAUUUGCGCGAGGAGGAUCUGGAAAAGAACCCGAGGGCGACCCUGAAGGAUCUGAAUUGGGUCCGGAGGAACCGCGAGAUACAGUGUGGCCCGUCGAAACGCGACUUCUUCCUCGCUCAGCUAAAGCGAGAUGUCGAACUACUCAAAAAGCUUAAGAUUAUGGACUACUCACUAUUGGUGGGUAUUCACGAUGUGGAGAGAGGUAACGAGGAAAAACUCCGGGACAAGACCUUGCAGGUCUUUCAACCUGGCGGCGAUCGCGAAGAAGAUGCAAACCCCAACAUGUUGAUGCGCACACCGUCUAAGCUAGAGAACGAACGCAAAGCUCGAGAGCUGCGCAUGCUCAUCAAGCGCGAGCGGCCAGUACCGCUCGACCAAGCAACUGCGAAGAUGCCCGAUGAGAUCCUUGACGAGCGGAAGUACCACGUCUUUUACGCCGAUGAUGGAGGGUUCCGCGCUACUCAUGAGAAUGGACAACCCGGAGAAGAGAUCUACUAUCUUGGUAUUAUCGACUGCUUGACCCACUAUGGCAUGGUGAAGAAACUCGAGCAUUUCUUCAAGGGUCUAUCCCAUGAUCGCACUCAAAUAUCACCCAUCCCUCCGGAGAGCUACGGAGAUCGUUUCAUCAACUUCAUCAAGGGUAUCACCAUGUCAAAAGAGGAGGCACAGCGACAACGGGAAGCCAAGGCUAUGGGAGAACCGUCUGCGGACCGAACACCUUCCGUCGAACAGACCAUGCAAGCAGCGGAGAAGGAGGCGUCUAGGGAAGCGUCCAUCGUGCAGCCUCGAACGCUGACCACGGUUCGGGAUCCAAAUGACUCCGGUGUACUUGCACCUUCGACUCUUCCCAUUGUCGAAGAAGCGGGAGAGGCCAGUAGCCUUGGGGGCCACAGCUCACAUAGCCGCCAUGGCCCACCGGUUCCCGAGAAGGACCUGCCCCCCAUUCCCUAUCAGAACGGUGUCCCUGUAUCCGGAAAAGGGAAGGGAGUUGUUCGUAACGGACAACCCGACAUGGUUUCGGUCUCUGGCAGACAAUAAACCCCUCCGUUGCUGAUUUUGAAUCGCCUUUUCAUGAUAUUUUCGUUCGCAGCUCUGCACGCUUUCGCAUCAUACACAUACCCUGG